AGCUCUGGGCCGCUGAAGGAGGAAGGGGCUCCCCUUAGGGUAAGAGAGCGGCGAGAGGCGGGGCUCCAGGAGACGGGGGAGUCCCUCCCCGGGUUGUGCACCAGGGGGAGGGAAAGGAGGAGAGGUAGAGGAGUGGGAACUGGCCGAGGCAGCAGCAGCAGCCGCUGCAGCUGCAGACACUUCUCCAGCUGCGAAUUGGGCAGCCCUGAUCUCCCUUCUCAUACCCCACUUUUCCUCACCACCGGCUGCACAAGCAAGCGAGGGCCCGAUCUCCCGCCCGAGAUAAAAAAAAAAAGAGAAGUUUCUGACUCUUGAAGGGCAGUUAGAGACUGGUGCAAACCAGGGUCCCUCGGCCCCCUCCCUAGCUGCUCUGCUCCCCGCCCCCACGUCCGUGGGCUCCUUGGCUGGCGAGCCCGAGCACCCAGGCGGAGGAGGAAGACUGGAGUGGGGACUCGCUUGCGGCCGGAGAGGAACAGCGAUCGAUGAAACCCUGCAAAGAAGAGGAGGCUGCGGCGGCGCAGGCUGCCGCUGGGGAUGGCAGAGGGGCGGUGCAGACCCCUGGAAGGAGUGUGCAGAGGUGGCGGUGCAGCUGGCGCUCCGGGCGGGACAGGUUCAUUGCAGAAGAAUCUACUGCUGCUGGGGAAAAGUGUGUCCUCACCGACAGCCCUACCUGGAUCAUUGACCCUAUUGAUGGUACUUGCAACUUUGUACACAGAUUUCCAACAGUGGCAGUUAGCAUUGGAUUUGCUGUUAAUCGAGAGCUUGAAUUUGGAGUGAUUUACCACUGCACUGAAGAACGACUAUACACUGGCAGACGGGGUCAAGGGGCAUUUUGUAACCAACAAAGGCUUCGAGUAUCCAGAGAGACAGAUCUCUCAAAGGCCUUGGUUUUAACAGAAAUUGGUCCAAAGCGUGAUCCUGAUACUCUGAAAUUGUUCUUCAGUAACAUGGAGAGGUUACUCCAUGCCAAAGCUCAUGGGGUACGUGUGAUUGGAAGCUCUACCUUGGCUUUGUGCCACCUAGCCUCUGGCGCAGCAGAUGCAUAUUACCAAUUUGGCUUGCAUUGUUGGGACUUAGCGGCUGCCACUGUCAUAAUCAGGGAAGCAGGUGGUACUGUGAUAGACACUUCAGGGGGGCCUCUUGAUCUCAUGUCAUGCAGAGUGGUUGCUGCAGGCACCAGAGAAAUGGCUAUGCUCAUAGCUCAAGCAAUACAGACUAUUAACUAUGGGCGUGAUGAUGAGAAGUGACCAAAGGAAGGAAGGAAGUACUGAUGCAUACAACCACGAGCCUGCCUUUCUGGAAAUGUAGUACUUCAAGAUGGCAUUCUGGGGAGGAUAGAAGACCUUUAACAGCUUGCUUUCAGUGUCCAAUGUUUAUUGUUCCUAACUACCCUCAGGGUGGGACUUGGGGGGUGGUUCAACUAAAGUGUGUGCCCUCCCUGCUUUAAUCCACAUAUCUUUCACCAGGGUUUGUUUGGUUUGUAUACUGGUUGGUUUCUUUCUAAAAAUACAAUCACAGUUCAAAAGAAGUUCUGAAUGUUGGGGUGGGGGAAGUAGGGGGAGCUGACAGCUAAUUCUCCUGUGACAUAUGCAACAAUAAUUAAAUUUCUAUUUUUUUUAAUAAUCCAGAUCUCAGGUAAUAAAGCAUAGAACUGCAGAUAAAUCAGUUAUGUUUGUGCCUACAGUUCUGUUACAUGGUACUUGAGAAUACAAUAAAUCAAAAUAAUGGAACUAUU